GUAGCCGUCCCGGGGCGGGCACAGAACGGAGCCCGAGCGCCAACGGGCGAGGGGGCGCGGCCACGAUGCUGACAGCGGCCAAUCGCGAGGGCGGCGCCGGGGGAAGAUCCGCCUCCGGUCCCGCCUCGCCCUCGGGCGGGGGGAGCCUGGGGGCCCGAGUCAUCCUGGCGCGUCCCCGGCGCCUGCUGAUGCCGUCACUGGCUGGGCAGGCGGGAAAAACAAAACUGCCGCUGCGUCGGGCUGGGAUCGCGGAUUCGCGGGUGCAGAAUCGCCCUUUCCUCGCCCUUCACCGUGAGCUGCUUCGUAAAGGCUGAACCUUUGAGCCAAAAAUGCACUAAGCCACCAAGGACUGCGUCUGCACUGGGAAGGUCUGGCUGCCAUGGAGGACGUGGAGUCGCGGUUUAUGCACUUCCUGCAGCCCAUCCGGGACCUCACCAAGAACUGGGAGGUGGAUGUCGCUGCUCAGCUGGGGGAGUAUCUCGAGGAGCUUGACCAGAUCUGUAUUUCAUUUGAUGGCGGCAAAACCACCAUGAACUUCAUAGAGGCAGCGCUGCUGAUCCAAGGUUCUGCCUGCAUCUACAGUAAAAAAGUGGAGUAUCUCUACUCUUUGGUCUACCAGGCACUUGACUUCAUCUCCAAUAAGAAGCGGGAGAAGCAGCCUGCGUCCGUGGGAGAGGAUGGGACAGACAAAGAUGCCAGCGCUGGACCAGUGGCAGAAGAGGAAGAGUUCCUCUCUUUGGAUGACAUUCAAGAUACUAGCAGAGCAAACAUGGACCUGAGGGAUGACCACCAGCGCAGCGCGGUCAGCAUCGUCCCCUUGACUCCCAUGGCCCUGGUUCCUCCCGAAGAGGCAGAAAAGAAGGACAACCCCCUCCUCAGCCGGAAGGGGGAGGUCUUGGCCAGCCGGAAGGAUUUCCGCAUGAACACUUGCACCCCACACACCAAUGGCGCCUUCAUGCUGGAGCUGGCAGGACUCUCGCCCACGCAGUGCGCGCCCAGGAGGGACUGCGAGUGGGGCGAUGGCAACUCCGUGGGAGCCCAGAACCUCGCUCCAGCAGCUGGUUCUACACCCUUGGAAGUUAGCGCUUGUGCAACGCCUGUUCUGGCACUGAGCUUCUCUGGGGAAGGAGCAGGCGCAGGAGUCCCUGCAUGUGACAAUGACGACGGCUGUGAUGACUUUAUGCCGGCCAUGCCGGAUGAAGGCCUGGACGUCUCCGCAGCUGGGGUGGAGCACGUUGCGCAUCAGAUGAGUGGCCCCCAGAGGAAAGGUUACGCGCUGCGGGAGAAACCCCCUGCCCCAGAUGUCAAUGCUCACGCAAAGGAGAUGCUGGACCCCUGGCGCAGCCUUGACCCUUUCAGCUCCUCUGAUGACAAACCUCUGAAAAAAGGCAGGCCUUUCACGGUGCCCCGUGGCCUGGACGACGUGCCUGGCACCAAGCGGAAGAGGAGGCUCUCCAGCAAACUGCAAGAAUUCACCAAGUGGUUUUCGGCCACAGAACAUGACAAAGCUGGCAGCCAGAGAAGCAGGAGGAAGGGCCCAACGUUUGCUGAUCUGGAAGUCCUGUACUGGAAGCACAUCAAGGAGCGUCUGGCUGCCCAAAGGAAGCUGCAGAGGAGAAUGCAAGGGCCACUGCUGGCCCAGGCAUUUGAGGAGCCUGACCCUCUGGAGGAGGAGCGGGAGGACGACGGCCUGGACCACCUCGAUGGCGGAGGGGCAGAUGACCUUUUGGAGCAUGAAGACAUUCCCCUGCUGGAAGCCCCAGAGGACGCACCAGAGGGCAUGUUAGAUGCUGGUGAAGUCCCCUCCUCCCUCAGCUAUGAGGAGCUGGUGCGGAAGAAUGUGGAGCUAUUCAUGGCCCAUUCCCAGCAGUACGCGCGAGAGACGGUGCUGUCCCGGCAUGUCCGAGACUGGGAGGAGAUGAUGGGGCCGCAGCUGGAGGAGCAGGAAGCCCGGGCAGCCUUUGACAUCCACAGCUACGGGGACCGCCUGGUGUCCAGCUGGGGCCAGGUGGGCGAGUGGUGCUCCUUUGCCAGACUGGUAGCUGGCCAGCCGGCCUUUGAGGUCUGCCGUUACAUGCUGGCUUCCCUGCAGCUUGCCAACGACUACACCGUGGAGAUCUCCCAGAAGCCAGGCCUGGAGGCUGCCGUGGACACCAUGGCGCUGCGCCUGCUGACCCAAGAGAGGGCCCACGAGCGCUUCCGCACCUACACAGCCCCCUCCCUCACCCAGCCGUGACUUCUCCGCUUUGCCUCCCUCUGCAGCCCACACAUUCGGUGUCUCCCUGUGUGUGUAUCUAGUAAUCUCGCUGUACAGCUUCUCCCAGCCUUUCUGUCGUCUUGCUGUAAUAAACUGUAUUCGGGUAGAGUGCUCAGUUCCCCCUUUGAGUGCUGCCCUGAACAAAGGGACAGGAGCGCCCUUGCUGGAUCAGGCCAAGGUCUGCCUGCCUAGUCUGGGAGCUGGUUUUCAACAGUAGCCAGCCAGGUGCCUUCAGGGAACAGGCAAGGCCUGCACCUCGAUCCCAGGAUGGGGUUGCCAUAGUCGGUUUGCAAUUAUUAAAACGUAAAGACUCCCAUGAGCCCGAAGGGGGCCGAGCAGGCGAGGAGGCUGCCUGUGGUACCUCAGCAGAACUCACUCCUCUGGUGUUGCCCAGUGAGAGUUGGAGUAAGCAGCGACGUGGCCCAGUUCCCAGAUGACACCAAACUAUUUGAAGGAGUGAAAUCCAAGAGAUUGUGAGGAGUUCCAAAAGGAUCUCUCCAAACUGGGGGAGUGGGUGACAAAAUGGCAAACGGGGUUCAAUGUAAGCAAGUGUAAAGUGAUGGAUAUCGGGGGGAGGGGAGAGACUCCAACUUCACAUAUACAUUGAUGGGGCCUGAACUGUUGGUGACGGACCAGGAGAAGGAUCUUGGGGGUCACAGUGGGCAGCUCCUUGAAAGUGUCGACUCAGUACCCAGUAGCUGUGGGAAAAGGCCAAUUCCAUGCUAGGGAUCAUUAGGAAGGGGGUUGGAAAUAAAAAUGCUAGUAUUAUAAUGCCCUUAUACAAAUCUAUGGAGCAGCCACAUUUAGUGACUGUGUACAGUUCUGGUCACUGUAUCUUAAGGAGGACAUUGUAGAACUGGAAGAGGUGGAGAAGAGGGCAACCAAGAUGAUCAGGGGCCUGGAACACCUUCCUUAUGAGACAAGGCUUAUAGCAUCUGGGGCUCCUUACCUUGGAAAAGAGGCAAUUAUGGGGACACAGGACAGAGGUGUAUCAAAUGCAUGGAGUAGGGAGUGGUCAGAGAGAAAAUGUCUCCCUCUCUCACAUUAGAACCAGGGGUCAUCCCAUGAAAUUGGAUGACAAAAAGAAGUACUUUUUCUCCCAGUGCAUAAUUAAACUAUGGAAUUCUCUGCCACAGGAUGUGGUGAUGGCUUCAAAAGGGGCUUACACAAAUUCAUGGAGGACAGGUCUAUCAAUGGCUACUAGUCUGGUGUCUAUAGGCCACCUCCAGCCUCAGAAGCAAGAUGCCUUUGAAUACCCUAGCAGGGGAGCAAUGGUACCCUGUUUCCCCGAAAGUAAGACCUACCCUGAAAGUAAGACCUAGCAGUAAUUUCUGAUGUACCGCUAAUUGCCCUAGUGUAUUUUUUGGGGCUAAAAUUAAUAUAAGACACUGUCUUAUUUUUGGGGAAACACAGUAGGAGAGGGUGAAAGCCUUCACCCCCUGCCUGUGGGCUUCUCGGGAGACAUCUGGUGGGCCACUGGACUAGAUGGGCCUUGGGCCUGAUCCAAGAGGGCUUUUACGUUCCUUCCAUUCAGUCUCCCCCAGGCAUGGCUCACUGCCCCGUCUCUGGGUCGGGGAGGAUUGGCUCAUUUCAGCCUCUCCAGUAGCUGAACUACCUGCCCUCAGUGGAGCGUGCCUGCUACAUCUCUGGGCUACUUUCCAGGUGGCACAUCCCGAACAAGGGCUCUUACAGAAAUGGUACGCAAUGCUUUUAUAUGCCAAUUUGUUGUAAACCACCCAGAGACAGAAGUUUGGGGUGGUCUACAAAUUUGAAAAAUAAACAAGUAAAUGCUCUAUAAA